UUUCAUGGAGGUGAACACUAAGAAUGCUCUGCACAUGAGCCUGGAGUGAACCUCUGAUCCCCUGUAGAAACAGAAGGGAGCCACCAUGAAGGAGAAUGUGGCAUCCACAUUUGUUUCCAUUUUGCUACUUUUUCUCAACACCAAGCUUCUGAACGGACAGUCUCCUCCUGGAAAACCUGAGCUCUCUAAAUGUCGCUCUACUGAGAAGGAGACAUUCACGUGCUGGUGGAAGCCUGGGCCGGACGGAGGACUUCCCACAAACUACACUCUGACCUACCGCAAGGAAGGAGAUUCAAUCAUCUAUGACUGUCCCGACUACAAAACCGGUGGCCCCAACUCCUGUUACUUUAACAAGAAGCACACCUCCAUUUGGACAAUAUACGUCAUCACAGUAAACGCCAUGAACCAGAUGGGAAGCAGUUCCUCGAACCCGCGCUUCGUGGACGUGGCUUACAUAGUUGAACCAGACUCUCCUACGAAUCUGACUUUGGAAAUAAAAUAUCCAGAACUCCAAAAACCAUAUCUGUGGAUAAAAUGGGCCCCACCCAUCCAAGUUGACCUAAGAUCCGGUUGGCUCACACUCAAGUAUGAAAUUCGAUUAAAGCCCGAGAAAGCAGCUGAGUGGGAGACUCAUUUCGCCGGGCAGCAAACUGAGUUUAAGGUCCUCAGCUUCUACCCAGGACAGAAAUACCUCGCCCAGGUGCGCUGCAAGCCCGACCACGGCUUCUGGAGUGAGUGGAGCCCACAGAGCUCUGUCCAGGUACCUAACGAUGCCACCAAUACGGACACCGCUGUGUGGAUCUUUGUGGCUGUGGUUUCUGUUGUCAUCUGUUUGAUUAUGAUCUGGGCAGCGGCUUUGAAGGGCUAUAGCAUGGUGACCUGCGUCUUUCCACCAGUUCCUGGGCCAAAAAUAAAAGGAUUUGAUAUUCAUUUGCUGGAGAGAGGCAAGUCUGAGGAACUCCUGAGUGCCCUGGGAUGCCAAGACUUCCCUUCUGACUGUGAGGACUUGCUGGUGGAGCUGUUAGAAGUCGUCGACAGUGAGAACCAGCAGCUGAUGCCAGGCCCUUCGAAAGGGUACCCGGGUCAAGGUAUGAAGCCCAAACACCUGGAUCCCGACAAUGAUUCUGGCCAGGGCAGCUAUGACACCCCUUCCCUUCUGUCCAACAAUUCUGAGGAGCCCCAGGAACAUCCCUCCACAUCCCAUGCUCCUGUGGGCAUUGAGAAGCCAGAGAACCCGGACAGAAACAGCACCCACACCUGGGACCCGCAGAGCACAAGCUUGGAAGGCAAGACCCCCCGUUUCUAUGCCAAUGGACACAAAUCUUCAACAUGGCCUUUAGUGCAGCCCCCCAGCCAGCACAGCCCCAGAUCUUCGUACCAUAACGUGGCCGAUGUGUGCAAGCUAGCCAUGGGCGCGGCGGGUGCAUUAGCCGCUUUGUUGGACAAAACAGACAAACGUGCACUAACGUCUUUGCACAGCGCUGAGCCCGGAGGGGAGGGAAAGGCGGCCGAGCAGAAGGAGGAGGAAAGCUUGCAUCCCAAGACUGGCGCAGACAUCCCCUGGCUGCGGCCCCGGGAGAAGAUCUCCUUCAUCUCUGAUAAGCCCUUGGAUUACGUGGAGAUUCACAAGAUCGGCAGAGAUGGAGCAUUAGCGCUGCUCCCCAAACAGAAAGACAACAGCAGCCAGAGAGAGAAGCCUUGUGCUCCGAAAGCCAGAAAGGAGUACGCUAGGGUGUCCAGGGUGACGGACAACAACAUCCUGGUGUUAGUGCAGAAUCUGCCGGCUCAGAACCUGGCUCUGUGCGAGGACCCAGCUGAGGCAGCGGUGCCAUCCUCGCAACAGAACCAGGAGGAAAAAGACCUGGCCUCCUUCACCACGACCCCCAACAGCUGCCGACUGCAGCUGGGUGGGUUGGAUUACCUGGACCCCACGUGCUUAAAGCACCCUUUCCAGUGA